AUGGCUCAACAUUCAGCAUCCAUUUCUAAUGGUCUCAAUGAUCUUCAUACAGAUGUGAUUGCAACUUUGGAAGCGACGCCCACGGGAAAUACUAGAACUAGAGUUUUCUACAACGAAAGCAGUCCCGGACGCAGUCGCCUGUUGCAAUACCCUUCCGGCCGGAUGCUAUUUCAACAUUUUUGCAACUUCGCUGAUCGAGGGGACUUCGUGAAUCAUUUGAAUGCAAUUGGACACUCUAAACCAGGUCCUCCUCUAGAAUACUAUGGAACCACUCGACUCUUAACUCUGCGCUCCCUAGUGGCUUUCAUUCGAGAUCACCCGAGUUUCAAAUACAUCUUAUAUGCGACAGUCACGGCGGAUGUCACAAUCCCACCAAAUACUGGCCAGAUAUCUCUUUUACCGGCAAGACCAGAUGGAAGAACUAGGUUGAUGGUACAUUGGCUUUGCGAUUUGGAUGACGGUGUAAUGAAUGCGGAGAUUUCUAAUUCCUUAGAUCUAUCUCUAGAGGUUAUUGAACCUGAGGCAUUGUUACCGUCCAGUAUUAGACCUUUCAAUGUCUAUACUGUCUUCUAUGAAUAA